AUGGAGAAAACCAGCCAAAGAAGGUCAACGAAGAUGAAGCUCGCAUUGCUUCUUGGUCUCAUUUUUAUGCCUUUUGCGCGUCCUACUUCUUCAGCCACUCAAAAUCCAGAACUCGGAGAACUAAAAAGCAACUUAAAGACUUACAUCGUUCACGUUAAAAAGCCUCAGGAUGUUGCUUCCCUUCGGAACGAGGACUUGCAUAGCUGGUACCAUUCAUUACUGCCCGCCACGGCACAAGCUCAGAACCAGCAGCGCAUGGUUUUCUCAUACAAAAAUGUCGCUUCUGGAUUUGCUGUCAAGUUGACUGCAGAAGAAGCGAGAGUUCUGCAAGAGAAGGAAGAGAUUCUGUCGACAAAGCCCGAAGAGACAUAUUCUUUACACACGACUCAUACCCCAAGUUUCCUGGGGUUGCAACAAGGACUCGGAUUGUGGAAAGAUUCCAAGUUCGGUGAAGGCGUCAUCAUCGGAGUAGUGGACACUGGCAUACAACCCUCCCAUCCUUCCUUCUCCGGCGAAGGAAUGCCACCUCCGCCUGCAAAAUGGAAAGGCUUCUGCGAAUUCAACGGACAGAGGACUUGUAAUAACAAGCUCAUCGGGGCGAGAAACUUCGUCAAGAACUCAACCCUACCCGUAGACCCACCGUUCGAUCAAGUGGGUCAUGGAACUCACACAGCCAGCACAACCGCCGGAAGAUUCGUAGGGAACGCAAGUGUUUUCGACAACGCUAAGGGCAUAGCAGUUGGUAUGGCCCCCAAUGCGCACUUGGCAAUGUAUAAAGUGUGCGGGUUUUAUGGUUGUACUGAAAGUGCAAUCCUAGCUGCAAUGGACACAGCCGUUGAGGAUGGUGUUGAUGUGCUUUCUUUAUCUCUCGGUGGUUUCUCGUCUCCCUUCUUCCACGACUCAAUAGCCCUAGGUGCAUUUAGUGCAGUUCAGCAAGGGGUUUUUGUAGCCUGUUCAGCUGGUAACUCUGGUCCUGACGACGCUUCUUUGUCUAAUGAGGCGCCAUGGAUCCUAACCGUUGGUGCAAGCUCCAUUGACAGAAAAAUGGUAGCGAUGGCAAAACUUGGAAAUGGUUCACAAUACGAGGGGCAAUCUGUGUUCCAGCCAAAGGACUUCCCGUCAACUUUAUUGCCGCUUGUAUAUGCUGGUGCAAACGGGAACGAAUCAUCUGCGUUUUGUGCUCCUGAAUCGUUGCAGAACGUGGAUGUUAAGGGAAAAAUAGUGCUGUGCGAGCAAGGUGGUGACAUUGCGAGAGUUGUCAAAGGGAAAGAAGUUAAAGAUGCCGGCGGAGCAGCCAUGAUUCUCAUGAACAGUGAAGCGGAGGCGUUUAAUCCCAUUGCUGACGUGCACGUUCUACCUGCUGUACACGUGAGCUAUGUCGAUGGGUUGGCCAUUAAAAAUUACAUAAACUCGGCCAUGACACCAACAGCAACAAUCUCAUUCAAUGGAACAGUAAUUGGGAAUCCACUGGCUCCUGAGGUUACCUCAUUUUCUUCGAGAGGUCCAAACAGUGCAAGCCCCGGCAUCCUUAAACCAGAUGUUAUAGGACCAGGAUUGAACAUCCUAGCUGCAUGGCCUGUGUCUGUGGACAACCAUACACCACCAUUCAUGAUAAUUUCGGGUACUUCGAUGUCUUGCCCUCACCUCAGCGGCAUUGCUGGUCUGCUCAGAAGCUCCCACCCAGAUUGGUCUCCUGCGGCCAUUAAAUCGGCAAUCAUGACAACUGCUGAAACUGUAAACUUAGGAGGAAAACCCGUAUUGGACGAAAGGCUUGUACCUGCAAAUGUAUUUGCAACUGGAGCAGGACAUGUGAACCCGAUCAAAGCAAGCGAUCCGGGUCUUGUUUAUGAUAUCCGUCCGGAAGAUUAUGUUUCAUAUUUAUGUGGAUUGGGCUACACCGACAGACAAGUUGGAAUUAUUUUGCAGAAGAAAGUGGAGUGCUUGGAGGUUAAAAGCAUAACGGAAGCACAGUUAAAUUAUCCCUCAUUUUCUAUUCAAAUGGGGCCUUCUUCACAGUCUUACACCAGAACGGUGACUAAUGUUGGGCCUGGGAACUCUGUUUACAAUUUGGAACUUGACGUGCCUGAGGGAGUUGUGAUGAGCGUAACUCCUCGUCAGAUAAUAUUCACAAGGGUGAAUCAGAAGGUUACGUAUUCAGUCGAGUUUACUCCGUUGGCUAAAAAAACCAGAGAUGAUGAUGAUCUUGAGUUUGCCCAGGGGUCGCUCACGUGGGUGUCUGAUAAACACGCUGUUCGCAUUCCCAUAGCGGUCGUCUUCCAGUGA